UCCCACCUCACCCCGGUGACCCUCGCGGGCCCCACACGCCACGGCGGCCAACACCACACGACACUUGACUCCCCAAGCACACGCGUGAGACGCGCCGCACCACCCCCCGCCCCAAAUCCCCGAUCCCUCCCUCACUCUCGCCGCGCCCGCCGGGUGUUCGACGCUUCGCCGCCACGCCAUGGCCUCCUCCAUCUCCGCCGCCGCCAAGGCCUCCACGGCCUUCGCCCACAAGAAGGAGCUCGCCGCGCCGGCGCCCGCGCAGCACCGCGCGGGCUCGAGCCGCCGGACCAAGCCAUGCCGCGUGCGCGCCGUCGCCUCGCCUGCGCGCGCUCCCCGCGCCCCGUCGUCCACCGGCUCGGUGAAGAGCGCGAUGACGAUGACGGAGAAGAUCCUGGCGCGGGCGUCGGAGCGCGCGGCGCUGGAGCCCGGGGAGAACGUGUGGGUGGACGUCGACGUGCUCAUGACGCACGACGUCUGCGGCCCCGGCACCAUCGGCAUCUUCAAGAAGGAAUUCGGGGAGGACGCCAAGGUCUGGGACCGCGAGAAGGUCGUCAUCAUCCCGGACCACUACAUCUUCACCACCGACGAGCGUGCCAACCGCAAUGUCGACAUCCUCAGGGACUUCUGUCUCGAGCAGAACAUCAAGUACUUCUAUGACAUCAAGGACCUCAGCAAUUUCAAGGCUAAUCCAGACUACAAAGGUGUCUGCCACGUUGCACUUGCUCAGGAAGGCCACUGCCGACCAGGCGAGGUUCUCCUGGGCACUGAUUCUCAUACGUGCAAUGCUGGAGCCUUUGGUCAAUUUGCUACCGGAAUUGGAAACACCGAUGCUGGUUUUGUGUUGGGCACUGGAAAGGCUCUUCUCAAGGUGCCACCUACAAUCAGGUUUGUAUUAGAUGGAGAAAUGCCGCCUUAUUUACUUGCGAAGGAUCUGAUUUUGCAAAUUAUUGGUGAGAUUUCAGUAUCUGGCGCAACCUACAAAUCAAUGGAGUUUGUUGGAUCAACUGUAGAGAGUCUAACUAUGGAAGAGCGUAUGACACUAUGCAACAUGGUUAUUGAAGCUGGUGGAAAGAACGGUGUUGUGCCUGCUGAUGAAACUACAUUUAAAUACCUUGAGGGUAAGACAUCAGUUGAUUAUGAACCUGUCUACAGUGAUGCUCAGGCCAGAUUUUUUAGUGACUACCGUUUUGAUGUAUCAAAACUGGAGCCAGUAGUUGCCAAGCCACAUUCGCCUGACAACCGUGCUCUAGCAAGAGAAUGCAAAGAUGUCAAGGUUGACCGAGUCUAUAUUGGUUCUUGCACUGGUGGUAAGACUGAGGACUUCCUUGCUGCUGCAAAGGUGUUCUUAGCCUCGGGAAAGAAGGUUAAAGUUCCCACAUUUCUUGUCCCUGCCACACAAAAGGUGUGGAUGGACGUAUAUAGCCUCCCUGUACCAGGAUCUGGUGGCAAAACUUGCUCCCAGAUAUUUGAGGAGGCUGGUUGUGAUACACCAGCAAGUCCUAGCUGUGGUGCUUGUUUGGGUGGUCCUCGUGAUACAUAUGCACGGAUGAAUGAACCUAUGGUCUGCGUGUCCACUACGAACAGGAACUUCCCGGGCAGGAUGGGGCACAAGGAAGGGCAGAUCUACCUGGCGUCUCCCUACACUGCAGCUGCCUCAGCCCUGACGGGGUAUGUUACGGACCCCAGGGACUUCCUCAUGUAAUUUUGAAACAACAGAGUUCAUGAUGUAACAGAUUGCCUGUAGCCUCUGUUUUUCGUGUUGAACCUUAGUUUAGGCGUGUCUUUCGUUGAGGAAUAAGCUGCAUGUCGGGAGGUUGGCAUGUAUGGUUUUGCAUUAUUACAGUGUACUACCAAUUAAGAACAUACUUGAGUGUUACAAGGGAAAUACAUUCUUCUGAGUAUUGAUGGCAGUUCCUAGACUCA